AUGAAGUGCCCAGUCAGGCAGAAACCUUACCAAGUCAAUACAGACCCUAACCAAGUCAGGCAGAAACCUUACCAAGUCAAUUCAGACCCUAACCAAGUCAGGCAGAAACCUUACCAAGUCAAUUCAGACCCUAACCAAGUCAGGCAGAAACCUUACCAAGUCAAUUCAGACCCUAACCCAGUCAGGCAGAAACCUUACCAAGUUAAUUCAGACCCUAACCAAGUCAGGCAGAAACCUUACCAAGUCAAUACAGACCCUAACCAAGUCAGGCAGAAACCUUACCAAGUCAAUUCAGACCCUAACCCAGUCAGGCAGAAACCUUACCAAGUCAAUUCAGACCCUAACCCAGUCAGGCAGAAACUUUAUAAGGUCAAAUAUGAGCCUAACCCAGUCAGGCAGAAACCUUACCAAGUCAAUUCAGACCCUAACCCAGUCAGGCAGAAACUUUAUAAGGUUAAAUAUGAGCCUAACCCAGUCAGGCAGAAACCUUACCAAGUCAAUUCAGACCCUAACCUAGACCGGCAGAAACCUUACCAAGUCAAUUCAGACCCUAACCCAGUCAGGCAGAAACCUUACCAAGUCAAUACAGACCCUAACCAAGUCAGGCAGAAACCUUACCAAGUCAAUUCAGACCCUAACCCAGUCAGGCAGAAACCUUACCAAGUCAAUUCAGACCCUAACCAAGUCAGGCAGAAACCUUACCAAGUUAAUUCAGACCCUAACCCAGUCAGGCAGAAACGUUAUAAGGUCAAAUAUGAGCCUAACCCAGUCAGGCAGAAACCUUACCAAGUCAAUUCAGACCCUAACCCAGUCAGGCAGAAACGUUAUAAGGUUAAAUAUGAGCCAAACCCAGUCAGGCAGAAACCUUACCAAGUUAAUUCAGACCCUAACCCAGUCAGGCAGAAACCAUACCAAGUCAAUACAGACCCUAACCAAGUCAGGCAGAAACUUUACCAAGUCAAUUCAGACCCUAACCAAGUCAGGCAGAAACCUUACCAAGUCAAUUCAGACCCUAACCAAGUCAGGCAGAAACCUUACCAAGUCAAUACAGACCCUAACCCAGUCAGGCAGAAACCUUACCAAGUUAAUUCAGACCCUAACCUAGACGGGCAGAAACCUUACCAAGUCAAUUCAGACCCUAACCCAGUCAGGCAGAAACUUUAUAAGGUCAAAUAUGAGCCUAACCCAGUCAGGCAGAAACCUUACCAAGUCAAUUCAGACCCUAACCCUGUCAGGCAGAAACUUUAUAAGGUUAAAUAUGAGCCUAACCCAGUCAGGCAGAAACCUUACCAAGUCAAUUCAGACCCUAACCUAGACCGGCAGAAACCUUACCAAGUCAAUUCAGACCCUAACCCAGUCAGGCAGAAACCUUACCAAGUCAAUACAGACCCUAACCAAGUCAGGCAGAAACCUUACCAAGUCAAUUCAGACCCUAACCCAGUCAGGCAGAAACCUUACCAAGUCAAUUCAGACCCUAACCAAGUCAGGCAGAAACCUUACCAAGUUAAUUCAGACCCUAACCCAGUCAGGCAGAAACGUUAUAAGGUCAAAUAUGAGCCUAACCCAGUCAGGCAGAAACCUUACCAAGUCAAUUCAGACCCUAACCCAGUCAGGCAGAAACGUUCUAAGGUUAAAUAUGAGCCAAACCCAGUCAGGCAGAAACCUUACCAAGUUAAUUCAGACCCUAACCCAGUCAGGCAGAAACCAUACCAAGUCAAUACAGACCCUAACCAAGUCAGGCAGAAACUUUACCAAGUCAAUUCAGACCCUAACCAAGUCAGGCAGAAACCUUACCAAGUCAAUUCAGACCCUAACCAAGUCAGGCAGAAACCUUACCAAGUCAAUACAGACCCUAACCCAGUCAGGCAGAAACCUUACCAAGUUAAUUCAGACCCUAACCUAGACGGGCAGAAACCUUACCAAGUCAAUUCAGACCCUAACCCAGUCAGGCAGAAACUUUAUAAGGUCAAAUAUGAGCCUAACCCAGUCAGGCAGAAACCUUACCAAGUCAAUUCAGACCCUAACCCUGUCAGGCAGAAACUUUAUAAGGUUAAAUAUGAGCCUAACCCAGUCAGGCAGAAACCUUACCAAGUCAAUUCAGACCCUAACCUAGACCGGCAGAAACCUUACCAAGUCAAUUCAGACCCUAACCCAGUCAGGCAGAAACCUUACCAAGUCAAUACAGACCCUAACCAAGUCAGGCAGAAACCUUACCAAGUCAAUUCAGACCCUAACCCAGUCAGGCAGAAACCUUACCAAGUCAAUUCAGACCCUAACCAAGUCAGGCAGAAACCUUACCAAGUUAAUUCAGACCCUAACCCAGUCAGGCAGAAACUUUAUAAGGUCAAAUAUGAGCCUAACCCAGUCAGGCAGAAACCUUACCAAGUCAAUUCAGACCCUAACCCAGUCAGGCAGAAACGUUAUACGGUUAAAUAUGAGCCUAACCCAGUCAGGCAGAAACUUUAUAAGGUCAAAUAUGAGCCUAACCCAGUCAGGCAGAAACCUUACCAAGUUAAUUCAUACCCUAACCCAGUCAGGCAGAAACGUUAUAAGGUCAAAUAUGAGCCUAACCCAGUCAGGCAGAAACCUUACCAAGUCAAUUCAUACCCUAACCCAGUCAGGCAGAAACGCUAUACGGUUAAAUAUGAGCCUAACCCAGUCAGGCAGAAACCUUACCAAGUCAAUUCAUACCCUAACCCAGUCAGGCAGAAACUUUAUAAGGUCAAAUAUGAGCCUAACCCAGUCAGGCAGAAACCUUACCAAGUCAAUUCAGACCCUAACCCAGUCAGGCAGAAAUGUUAUACGGUUAAAUAUGAGCCUAACCCAGUCAGGCAGAAACUUUAUAAGGUCAAAUAUGAGCCUAACCCAGUCAGGCAGAAACCUUACCAAGUCAAUUCAGACCCUAACCCAGUCAGGCAGAAACGUUAUAAGGUCAAAUAUGAGUCUAACCCAGUCAGGCAGAAACCUUACCAAGUCAAUUCAGACCCUAACCCAGUCACGCAAUAA